UGUUUUUAAUAUGUUCACGAACCGUGAACCCAAAAGUAAAGUAAAUAAAAUCACGAGAAAGAGAUUAGAACAGAUACUAUGUAUUAUUAAUUGUAAGAUAAAUAAUACGUCUUCAAAAUGAGUAGUAAAGCGGCAAAAGUAGCGGAAUUAUUCACUAAAACAAUAGCAACUACCAAGUGUUUUGAUCAGAACUUACGUAAGGUUAAAGUUGUAUGCUGUACAAAUGGUAGGCUACUCACAGAGUUCAAAGUGGGACCAGAGCACCUGAACCAAAGAGGAACACUCCAUGGAGGUUUUAUUGCACACCUUGUUGAUGCUAUCUCAACUUAUGCCCUCACGGCUAAUGAAACUGUUGAGACAAGGGGUGUUUCUAUAGAUCUUAGCAUAAGUUAUUUGAGUGCAGCAAGAGAAGGUGACAAUAUAGAAGUGGAAGCAGUUACGAAGAAAUUAGGCAAGAAGAUUGCUUUUCUAGAAGUUGAAGUGAGAAAUAAAGAUAAAAAUCAGCUCCUGGCUACUGGCAGACAUACCAAAUAUGUGGGAAUUUAAAUCUUUUUUUUUACCAGUACUGGUAUACUACUAUAUUAUCUGUAUCAAUACUUAGAGAAAAUUUGACACAAAAAUAUGUAUAAAGUAAUGAAAUGAAAUAGAAAAAAGGAUAGGUAGAUAAAAAAGAUUUUCAGUGAUCACUGGAGAGUUAGGUACCAAUAUAGUAGUUUCAAACAUUUAUUAAUACAAACCAAACAAAAUUUGUGUUGCAUUGUAUACAGACUUUUAAAUGGAUACAUGAUUAUAAACUCAGAGUACUAAGUGAUAGUAGAAAAUUGUAGAAAGUGAGUAAAAUGUAAAUGUAUUUAAAACUAGAGCUCCACUCUGGCUUCACCCAAUACAUAUGUAAAUAAAAAAUUAUAAUAA